GUCGCUCACUUCCGGGAGAGCCGGGCGCCCUGGCCACCGCCCGCUCGCAGCUGCCAGCCCGCCGGGGCCGCGGAGCCUGUGAGCGCGCCGGCCAGGCCGCAGCCCAGCGUCUGCUCAGCUCCGGCCACCGUCCGUCACCAUGGGGGCUUCGGGGCGGCUGCUGCGCGCCGUGAUCAUGGGGGCUCCGGGCUCCGGCAAGGGCACCGUGUCAUCGCGCAUCACCAAACACUUCGAGCUAAAGCACCUCUCCAGCGGGGACCUGCUCCGCCAGAACAUGCUGCAGGGCACAGAAAUCGGUGUGUUGGCCAAGACCUUCAUUGACCAAGGGAAGCUCAUCCCAGAUGACGUCAUGACUCGGCUGGCCCUUCAUGAACUGAAAAACCUCACCCAGUAUAGCUGGCUGUUGGAUGGUUUUCCGAGGACGCUUCCACAGGCAGAAGCCCUGGACAGAGCUUAUCAGAUAGACACAGUGAUAAACCUCAACGUGCCCUUUGAGGUCAUUAAACAACGCCUCACCGCCCGCUGGAUUCAUCCUGCCAGUGGCCGAGUGUACAACAUUGAAUUCAACCCUCCCAAAACUGUGGGCAUUGACGACCUGACCGGAGAACCACUGAUUCAGCGUGAGGAUGACAAACCAGAGACAGUCAUCAAGAGGCUAAAGGCGUACGAAGCCCAGACAGAGCCAGUCCUGCAGUACUACCAGAAAAAGGGGGUGUUGGAAACAUUCUCCGGAACAGAAACCAACAAGAUCUGGCCCCAUGUAUAUUCCUUCCUACAGACGAAAGUUCCAGAAACUAUCCAGAAAGCUUCCGUUACUCCCUGAGGAGCGCGUAAUCGGCAGGAUGAAGCAGGGCCUCCUCACCUUGUCUCUGUAUUUCGAAUCUCUUUUCCUAAGACUUCUCUGAAAAUCAUGGUUUAUUGCUAAUGGCUUUCUUUUGGAUAUUACUAAGGAUGUGCCAAAUGAGUCAGAUACUCAGGCUGAUCUGUUAAAAUAGCCUCAUGUGUUUAGUCUAGAAUCUACUUGUCUUCUGUGGCUGUGCAAUUAGAAAACAUCAGAGAUGUUGAAAUUAAAAAAAAAAUAGCACAAUUUAAAAAACAACUGGUAACCUUCUGUUCAGUCAGUCAACAUGGUUGAUCACAUUUUCAUGAUUUUCUGGAAUAUCUCAUUAGAGGCUUUUGCAUAAGCCAAUGCCCUGUUGCAAUGCAAAAAAGAUGUUUUCUAGCCCAACGGGCCAUGACAUUGGAAGAGACUGUCAAUAGAUUCCAGAAGAAAAGCAACUGGCUUUACAGAUGUUGCCAGAUGUAAACUCGCUGCUGCCUUCAUAGGAAAAGUGAGGGCACAGGCCACUAUGCAGCGUGCCCUCUACUUACUGGUUCAAUCUGCUACAGAAAUGCAGCCUUUGACAUGUAAGAACAUGUGACUUUGAGAUGGCUUGUUCUCUCUUCCAAACAUGCGUGUGCUGAGGUAUGAUUUAUGUGUUAACUGACUUUUGAAGUUCUAGGAGGAGCACUGGCAGGGCAACUGACCAUGGAAUUAAGUCCUAGAUUCUCACACGUCACUCAGGCUGAGGAACAUGUGCUAAACAUGUUUCCCUCUUUGAUCCAAAUGGACUGUGCCUUGAUGAGCAAGUGACAGUAAAAAAACUACAAGGUGGGAGAGAACACCCUUGGCAGUUUGCCACUGAGGAAGUAGACGGGACGGGCUAGGGACAGCUACUUCACAGAGAGGCCAGUCAACUCGUCAACAGGUGGAGGAACCGAAGGCAUUUGCACGAUGGCUUCAAAAGCGCUGUAACCGAGGACAUUUAUACCUGUGUUCAAGUUCUUGAAUUCAAGACCCUCUUGUCUCGAGCUCUCUUGAUUCUGGGAUCACUGUGCUGCCACUUCCACCCUACUUUCAAGGGAAACAACUCCUGUACCAUCUAAGCUCCUGCCUGAUGGCAAUGGGGAGCCUACUCACUUUCCGUACCAUCUAAGCAGCCGCCUACAGCAAUGGGGAGCCAACUCAGCCUUGUGUGCUGAGCAAGCCCUUUCACUGUGUUAUACCUCCAAGCCUGAGGGUUUUGUUGUUUUGAGGCAGGAUCUCACUAUGUACUUCUGGCUGUCCUGGAACUAUGUAGACAAGGCUAGCUUCAAACCCGUUUCUGCCUUCCAAGUGCUGAGAUGAAAGUGUGCAGAGCCACCCCCAGGCCCAGUCCUUAGUUUCUGAGGCAGCCUCCUCCCUACUUAGCUCAGACUGGUUUGUAAUUUGUACAUAGUCCAAGCUGGCCGCACAUUCAUGAUCCUCUUGUUUCAAGCCUCCCCGCCCCUGCAAAGUGCUUAAACUACAGGUAUGUACCACUUAACUAAGCUUGAGAAACCACUUUAAAAUGUCAGUCACUUUAGAUUCCUUAGUGGAGCAAGAAAUAUAUUGUCCUGAUAGAUUAUGGCCCAAAGUUUAUAAAAAUACAGGAAGUGGAAGGAAAAAAAACCAAAACAAUUCUACCUUUCAGGAAGACAUACUCUUACUUGGUGCUAAAUCAAAGGAUCUAGCCCUGUACAAACCUUUGAAAUUCUGGCCUAUUUUACUUCAGACACUUUAAGUACAAAUGCCAGCAAGCGGUUCUCCUCUAUUUGGGAGUGGGGAGGAAUCUUUGAUUUUUAAAUUUCAUUUUUGAUCUUUCAAAAUGGACUAAGCCUUAGGAUUCAAAUGAACAUCUUCUCUGUCGAUAUCUGUAUAAUGCCUUAUCUGAAUGGUGAUAACCACUUCUUAAAACUGUCGUGAACUACCUAACCUUUCGACUGAUCAGCAAGUUCUGUUACAUUCGGGGAUGUGAGCACUGUGGCUGUGGCCCUUUGCCUCUGACCCUUCACAGGCCCUCAACCCCUUUCCUGUACGCUGCUGUGAUGUCUCACUGGCUUUCUAAUAAAUGGUCUUCAAACAGUA